AGCUGCUAAACCAGCUGAGCAACUUCACACACCCAUUUAUCUUUCCUCUUUUUCUGUCUCAAGUCAUCAUGAACUAAACAUCUCAACUGCAGGACAGCACAGUCGAGGGACGGAAGAAAACAAGGGAAUUCCACUACAUUUGGUGAAGAGCCUUUCGACAGCAUGGGUGCUGGCCAGAGCAGCGACAAGUUCCACUGUAACCGCUAUCUGAAUGGAGAGGGACCUCCAUCACUGGUGCAAGAAGCUAAUGAUGGGGUGAAUAGAAAAUACAACGUACUAAAUGGCUACCAGCCAGAGGGCCAGAUGACCUGUGUAAUCCUACACAGAGCCCUGCCAGGAUUCCCUAAUGACAACACCAUACAGAUCAACUUCAUGUUUCCAGAUGGAAUCCAGACAGAAAAACAUCCUCACCCUGGCCAACCAUAUUCAGGUCUGCAUCUCUGUGCUUACCUGCCUGACAACCUUGAUGGCGGGAAGGUUUUCAAGCUGCUGGACAAGGCCUUUCAUCAGCAGCUCUUGUUCACUGUUGCUGCUUGUAAAGAUGGAGGGGACAUGGUCAACUCUUCCAUCCCCCUAAAAAUACAAGCAGAUGGAGGGAACCAUGUCGUGAAGAAACGACCCUUGAGAGAUGUGGAGCCAGGAAGAAGGUCGAUGGCGCAAUCACAGGAGCGUGAAUGCUAUCCAGACUCGGACUACCUGAAAACUGUGAGAAAACUCCUGAAGAAUAAUGGCACUGAAUGACACACAAUACACACUGCUGGAUGAAGGCAUAGUAAAGUGAACCCCUGGAAAGUCAAACAAUCUAUUCUAUUCUAUUCACUUUAUGGACUAGAUUUUUUGAUUCUUAAUUAUCAUAUAGUACUGACAGAGAGGUGUCUGAUUGAGCCCAGAUUUAUUCUGCAGUAAGAUUUAUACAGCCAGAGAUAUCAGCCAUUUCCAAAUUGCACACUUUAGGCCUGUAAAGCAAAUAAUUUGCCAAUAUGAUUGACAAGCUUUCAUAGUAAAAAUAUUCAAUAUUCAAUUUGAUAGUUUAGUAGUUUUUGCAAUCCUUCUAAAAAUUAAAUAAACAAAAGACAUGGGUGAAAAAAUAACCUCCAUUGCAAAAGGUUAUAAGCUCUAAAAGCUAAAACUAAGCUAAAAUGACUCCGCUUCUGGCAAUGUGAAAAGAGAUGAUAACCUUUUAGCAAGUUUACUUAUUUUCAAAAAACAAAAAAAAAGUAUUGAAACUUCACAAACACAAUUCAAAAUGCCAACAAGACUUAUCCACAGCGUAAAGUAGGAGGAUGAGUGGCCACACAUUAUAAGAUGAAAUGAUAUACAGAAAACAGUAAUUUCCUUUGGUCUAUGGAUUCAGGUCUUUCUAUUCACAUAACUCACAACAAACUUUAGUAUACUAAAAUACCGCAGGUCAUAUUUGAUUCCCAGCAUCUCGAAAGGUAUCUUCCAUCUACAGACAAAAGCAUAAAUCUCUCUAUUGAUAAAACAUCCUUUUUCACCCAACAUAACAACUUCAGAAAAACAGUGUUGUCCACAUAGAAAUAAAGGGAGGGUCAACCCUGACCGAUUUCACCAUAAUGCCUUUACUUGCCCAUAUCAAAGGUGAUUGAACAGUAUCUUGAUGUUGUAUUAGUGUGUCAGGAAUAUUUCCAAGGAGACAUAGAAGUAGAUUUGCAAACACCUGAUUCUCUAAUGCUGUGUAUCUCAAAUGUAUUUCAUUCACACUGGCAUUGAAGCCAGGUACCCAUGUGAGUUAUACAUUGGAGACACUCAGAUUUAUACUUGUGACGUCUAUUACUUUGAAUAUAUAUGUUUUUGUUAAUUAAUAUAAUUUAUAUGGUUAUGGGUUUUAUAUUAUACAUAUUGUUUUAUAAGCACGUUUUUACUUGUAUUGAAAAGUGCUAUACAUUUAACGUUAUUAUGAUUAUUAUCUCUACAUUUGUCUGAUGUACACCAAGAUGUUAACCAUGCCAGUUUGUCCAGAUGCAAAUUAACAUCUUUGAAUAACAUGUUUGUGCUCUUUAUAGUCAAAAAUAAAAUGUCCAAUCGGUUAGAAUCUA